AUGUCCUCAUCCAGCAUGCUUCCGCCCGUAGGGCCUGUGGGUCAUGCCUACCCCCGACGACGACGCCGAAGCAGCAGCAGCAGCAACAGCAGCAGGCAGUACUCCUGGACCGGGCCCCGACCGAAGCCCCGGGGCGGUUCCCGCGGCUACUCCACGGACGACGAAGACGAGGUCCUCUACGACCUGGACGAAGCCGCCCUGGCGCAGCUGCCCGUGCACCUCCAAGACACCAUGCGCGAGUUGCAGCUGGAGCGCGUCCACCGGUUCCAGCAGCAGCAGAGCGCCCACAACGAGCUCCGGCUCUGUCGGCCCCCCGUCUACCACAGCGACUAUGCCGAGACCUGGUUCAAGAACAUGAUGGCCCGGCUGUCGGCAGACCAGGAGAUGAGCGAAGCCCACUACCAUCUGCGACAGGCCCAGGGAAACACCUACCAGCAGGAUGGAAGUUGGCGUUCGCAGCAGCAGCAGUGGUCGGUCAACCGGCACAAUGAUAUUCAGGCUGCUGCUGAUGCUGCUGCUGCCGCUGCCGCUGCCGCCGCCAUGGGGGGAAACAGUACAUGGUUCGGAGAUGAUGGUGAACCGGGACUGGAAAUAUCCCCGCCUCUUCAUCAUCAUAAUGAUGUGUCGGUUUUUGAAAGGGAUGUGGAUCGCUCACCUGUCAGCUCGAGGCGGUACUACAGGUGA